AAACAGAAAAACGUAUUAGAAUAGAGGUCUAGAAAUUAUUCUUUUCACACAAACAAAAUAUUAAUUCUUUCCAGAAUAAAAGUUCGUUACAUUUAAAAUGAAACAUCGACUGAAACGCCAAUAAUUCAAAUAAAAACAAAAACCCAAACAAAAUAAAUUCGUUACAUUCUCAAGUUCUUCCUCCGCAAUUUCUCAAAAUAAUUAUCCUGUCAAUGGAUCUCCCUAAUUGCAUUGCAUCUCUUCAGAAGCUUCUCUACAAGGGCUUCCAGAAUACCAUCGAGAGUGACCUGAAUUGGUUAAAUGAAGUUUCCGGGGAAUUUGUGAGGCUCUUUGCAGAUUUGCACAAAUUCAUGGUAUUUGAUUGUUCUGGAGAGAAGAAUUCCAUCGUGAUGGAGGAGAUCUUUCUCUGCAUCCGCCAGAUAACUGUCUGCAUCCGGAAUCUGGAGAAAGUUCUGACUGUGGAGAAGGAGGAAGGAGUUGUUCUGACGCCAUCGCGGCAGCACUUCCUUGAUCGAAUUUUGUGGUGCCUGGCACGUAUUAGGAGUUCUGUGUCAUCAAUUACGGACAAUGUUGCCGUUGUGGAGGAAGAUGCGAACUUUGUGGUGUUCCUGGAUGCAGCACUGGAUCUCCUAGCACCCAUGACAACCUUUCAGGAGAACCCGGAAAAUGUAGCUGAAAGCAAUGCCGAUGCUUAUGUCCGAAGCAAAGAGAUUCGUUCAAUUGUGGAUUCCCUAAUCAGCCAGACGCUGGCAUUUGUCAAUGUGGCUCUCGAGAAGGACAAGACAGCUCUAACAGCGCACUGCCAGCGUGUCCUCAAGGAGUGUAUUUCCAUGGAAGAGGAAUGUGCAGCUGAGUGUGCCACAGAUCUCAAUCGACGCUUUAAAGCUGAACUCCUGGAGGUGGCACUAACGCAUCUCGAGCAAACUGUCAACAGUAGCCUUCUUCGGCUUGUUUGUCAUGUUUUUGUGGAACUCUCCGAAAAUCCCGUCUCUACAUUCCGGGAAGCUGUUCGAAGGGCAAAAGAAGUGGACAAUGAUAGAUUCCUGGAGGGAGAAACUGAGAAGUUUGACCUCCUUCUCGAUCGAAUCCUCCAAAUUGGCGUUCUUGGCAUUGCCUUCUCGGGCGAUCAAGUUGCAAAGUCCAUCCUAAAGAGCUGUCUAGCAUCAUCGGAAUGCCUCGAUACGGCACUCAUUCCAUCCAUUUUUACCCCUUCCGGCAGUCACUCACGCAUCCUCGAGGAGCACUGGCGAAGUGAAAUGCAAACCUUCCAGCGGGAGAUUCAAAAAAUAAUCGACACAGAUGCUUUCUGCAUGGCAACUGUGGAUGCUCUGAGUACCCUUCUGGAGCAUUCAGCACAAGCUGGGAAUCCCGAAAGUCUCCAAGUGCUUCUGAAGCAUAUAAAGAUUCUUCAGGCACACCUGCAAAUCAACGAAGAGAAUCUCCAUCUUACCGGUAAUGCGGUGCAGGAGAAAAAUCUCUCAGAUUUCCGGAAAAUGGUGGUUGAAUGUGAGGCAGCACUGGAAUUGAGGGAAGCUGAAAAGAUUGAGAUGGGACGCAUAACAAAGCGCUUCCGUAUCCUCUUGGCUGUGCUGAAGAGAUUCCACGGGGGCCUUGGGAAUGGGUGUUUUGUAUUUGAUGAAGGAAAAACAGUUGAAAAUGCCGGAGAUGAGGCGGAGGAAAAGGUUGAAUCUGCGGAUUUCUUCCAAACUCUCGGAAUCAAUCCACAUGUUUCGGUUAUUCUGUACAAAACUCGGCCGGCCCCGACGGAUUCUCUCGUGGCGCAAUUCUCAAAACUCUCCCUGGCCAGGACAGCUGGUGGUGGUGCAUCCACAAAGGUACCCAGGAGGAAUUUAAGCCUUCGCCGGGCAAUGUUCCGGAGGAUUGUUGAGAAGAAUGGGAAUCUCGAGGAAGCUGAGAGUACUCUCAAUUUGAAUGUGACAAAUAUCCUCGAGGAUCUAACCAGUCUCUUAAACACAUUCACGGAAGAAGAGGAAGAAGAAAUUCAGGAGAUUGAUCACAAAAUCAGGAUUAAAAUUAAGAAUUAAAUUCAAGAUUUUCUUCAAAAAUUUUUCUAAACAAAAAUCUCCCAGAGAGUUCUUUGAUUAAAAAUUAUUUUUUGAAUAAAAGCGUUACAUUUAAAAACAAA